UUAAGGAAGACACCGAGCGUCGUGAUUUACCGUAAAUUUCGUGACGCCUGAUUGCCAUGGAAACAGGGCUCCUGCGCUGAGAGGAAAGUGUCCGCGUUAUAACUUCAGCUUCAGCAUCAACCUUUCCAACGAGGUCGCAUAAACCUGUUGGAUACUUCACAGUUUUCUUUUUUCAUUUUUCUUGUCUCUGCCCUGGCUUUACUUUCCACCACGAAGCAGGUGAAGACGAUGGAGCUUCAAACAGAGAAGAGGUUCCACAACCUAACCCUGGAGCAAGUUCAGGCUCUUGACAAAGUUUUGACUGAGGUAAUCCCCAUCCAUGGGCGAGGUAAUUUUCCUACACUGCAGGUGAGAGCGAAAGACAUCAUUCGUGUAGUGAAGGACCGACUGGUUGAAAGGAACAUUCAGGUUAAAGAUAUACGCCUCAACGGCAUGACUGCCAGCCACAUCCUCGUUAAAGACAACGGGCUUGGCUACAAAGACUUAGACAUCAUUUUUGGAGUGGAGCUUCCGAGGCAGGAAGACUUCCAAGUUAUUAAGGAGGUGGUGCUGGGGAGCCUGCGAGACCUUCUCCCUUCUGGGGUUAACCGACGUAAGAUCACCUGUCUGACAAUGAAGGAAGCCUAUGUGCAAAAGAUGGUGAAAGUUUUCAAUGAGCAUGAUAGAUGGAGCCUUAUCUCGCUUUCUAACAACAGGGCUAAAACUGUGGGGCUCCGAUUUGUUAGUUCCCUCAGACGACAGUUUGAGUUCAGUGUGGACUCCUUCCAGAUUAUAUUAGAUCGUAUGCUCGAGUCUUACUGGGGGAACGAAAGGAAACAAGAAUGGAAGUUGGCACUGACUGCUGGGCCUUCAUCUAAAAAGGACGAUGACGAUGAAAGCAAAGGACAAGAGAAGCCGAGCAUUCCUCAGGAGGUUGAACAUGAUAUGAAAGAAGAUUCUACAGUGAUGACUAGCACAGAAAGUCCGUGCCAGGAUGAAGCUGUUUCUCCACUCGAGGAAGAGCUUCGUCACGAAGAGGUCGAGAGUGUAGAUGAAAAGCACGAGGUGCAGCAGGUGCUGGAACCGGAGAGCAUAAACUUACAACAGGAGGAAGAGGAAGUGGAGGGCAUUGAGGAUGUACGAACAGAGGAGGAAACUGUGUUUGAGAUGUGUGAGAAAAAAGGAGAAGAGAAAGAACAGUUUGAAAUCAAUUAUCCUGUAGUUGCAUCGCCUAAAACUUUAUUUUCAGAUGUUGGGGAUCCUCUGACGACACAUGCAUGUUUAACCCUACAGAGUAAUGACGAAAAAUACGAGGCACAAGCUUCCCAGCCUGUAGUGUGCACAUCACAUACAGAAAAAACAGCUCCACAGGAUUUAGGUCAUUGUGAAGAAAAGUUCAACGUAGACUCUGUAAGCUGCAGGACUGAUUCUACCCCAAACCUGCAAGAUUCAAAUCUUGAGUUUUCCUUUCCUCCCCCAGCUAAAAAAUCUUGCAGCACAUCAGCGGACAUUGUGCCGGAUUACUGCCCCUCGCCGAAAUUACAAAGAAAAAUGUCACGGAAGUUGAUUAGUAAGCCUGAAAAAUGGUCUUUACUAACCGAUCUGUCAGACCUCACCACACAGCUGUUUCCACCCAUAGAGCUACCAAAACAACUUCAGCCGAAACCUGCUGUGCUGGAGAGUUCUCAAGUUCACAGUUCAAACAUAUCAAGCUGUCAGACGGAGAACUCGGAGGGUACAGAUGUACUUACAGUUCCCACACACAGUACAGUCAGUACACCGCAGGAUGGGACUUGCUCCAGAGAAACUUUAGAACAAACUGUUAAGCCAAAACACUCAAAGGAGCCUCCUGAUUCAGAGCCUCAAAGCAACCCGUGUGCAGCAGGUGUGGUCUCACAGCCUCAGGUAUAUGAGCAUAAACCGGAUCUGGCAGACGCCGUCCCAAACAGCUGUGAGUCAAGCUCAUGGCUUGGGGAAGCAGGAGAGCCCACCAUCACUGUUGAAGCUGAGUGCAUGUACGGAGACUUUGAUCAGGCUAUGGAUCAUCUUCGAAACCGCCUCAUUGCCACCCACAACCCAGAGGAGAUCCGGGGUGGGGGAUUGCUAAAAUACAGCGACCUGCUAGUGAGGAACUUCCGGCCAGCCAGCGAGACAGAGAUAAAGUCCCUGGAACGAUACAUGUGCUCCCGCUUCUUCAUCGACUUUCCUGACGUAGGCGAGCAGCAGCGGAAGAUUGAGGCCUACUUGCAGUGCCAUUUCAUCGGCAGCGAGGAGACUAGCAAGUAUGACUAUUUGAUGACCCUGCGGCGCGUGAUCGAUGAGAGCACAGUGUGUUUGAUGGGACACGAGAGGAGGCAGACCCUCAACAUGAUCACAGUGCUGGCUCUAAGGGUGCUGGGCGAGCAAAACGCCAUCCCCAACACGGCCAACGUUACCUGCUUCUACCAGCCGGCUCCAUACAUGACAGAGCCCAUUUACAACAGCUACUUCAUCACUCAGGCCCAGCCGCCUCUGGUCUACCACCCGUACCCUUUACAUGUCCACAUGCAGACUGGUCUGGUGUAGCAAUGUUGAUGUGCCAACAGGGAGGCAUGCAAGCUGCUUUCAGCAUGGUGCUCUGCAAGCAGAAGCACAAAUGCAAGUUUUAGCAACAAAAAACAACCACGGGCACAGUGGUGUUUAAUGUUUUGAAAUCCCUCCUGCUUAUGACAUGAAAGGCAAUGAAAGGUCAGAACUGCAAGUGGUCUGGGAUCAAAGCACGUCACCCUUUCAAGAUGAACACUUUUGACAAAGGAAAGAAAUGCAAGGAACCCACUUUUCAGAGAGCUUGUGAAGAGGAUCGUAUUGAAGCCGAGGGACUUUAUUUGUGGCAGCUUCAGCUGCGUUUCGGUGGAGCUCUGAACUGAUCAUCAUCCCGUGAUGAGAACAUUGUAGUGUGAUACUUUCCUUAUGGUUCGACAUAUAAACCUCUCUAACAAUUAAACAAAAUACACCUGUUGGCAACAGAAAUCCUAGUUUGAGUAAAGUUUGGGUCAUGGUAAUUUCUCCAGGGUUAAAACUCCCAUAUAGGUGUUUUGUAAGUCGACAGCCUUCGUAGAGUAAGGUCAAACGUGUGGCUAUAACCAUGUAUUCACUGUAGAGGAAUAGGACUGCA